AAAUCCCCUCGGAGUCGGAUAAGGAGGAGGAGGAGGCGGAGGCGGGAUCGGGGACAGCGGGGCGGGCAGUCAGUCAGCUGAGCCGGGCCGCCGCCGCCAUGGGCGCGUCGUGAGGGUAGCUGCUUCAGAGAUGUCCAGCAAGUUGAAGGGCCGUCCUGCUGAAAAUGGAGAGCAUCCCAAGGGUAAAAUGGAAAACGGAGUGGACAGUGGGGCUGGCCCUGCCCUUAGUACCUACACCCCAGAGGAGAUGGUGCAGCAGAUGAAAGAACUAAUCACUGAGAACAACGAGUUAAAAGAAGCCAUGAAGUUGCAUAACCAAGCUAUGAAGGACCGAUACGAGGAACUUUCCAUCUGGAGAGAGAAGCAGAAGGAAGAACGAGAAUUUUAUGAGUCCAAGUUUAAGGAGGCGAAACAGUGCUUGCAGGCCAAGUGCGUUGAAAAUGAACAACUACAGCAACAACUUCAGAGCUUGAAGGAAAGAGAAGAAGGAGCUGAAAUGGAGGGCUGCGUGGCUCUCGAGAAGGAAGUGAGGAACCUGAAAUCCCAGGUGCAGCGGCUCCAGGUUGAGAAGGCAGAUCUGGUUGCCAUCAUUUCAGAACUGCAAGUCAAGCUGAACAUGUCAGCAGAGGAUUCCUUUGUGGAGAUUGGGAUGACCGAAGGAGAAAUAAAUAGAACUGCAAAAGAACAUCAAGAGAAUGGUGGUGAAACGACCGGGAAUGUUGCUGUCUACAUCAGGAGCAAAUCUGCAGAUGAAUCUAAGAAUUUGGAGUCCGAGGAGCUAACUGUGAGCCAGUUGCUGUGCUCCCUUAGAAAUGAAACUCAGAAGAGGGAAAAACUUGAGAAGGAGCUGCAGGAUCACAGAGAGAGACUGUCAAAGCUGGAGAAGGAAACCAGCAACUGCCUGGACAGUGGGACACAAACUGAACAGGAAGAAGAGACUUCAGAGGCUGUUGGCAGUGAAGUAGAAGCCCUGAAUUUGCAAGUUUGUGCUCUGUUUAAGGAGCUUCAGGAAGCCCAUGAGAAGUUAAAAGAAGCAGAAUUGAUUCAGAAGAAGCUUCAAGAAAAGUGCCAAGCACUGGAAAGAAAAAGCUUGGCUGCUGCAUCAGAAUUGGAGGAGAAGCAGCAGCUAAUAUACACUGUCAAGAAGCUGGAACUUCAGGUGGAGAGCAUGCAGUCAGAGGUCAAGCUGGAACAAGCCAAGACACAUGAAGAAAAGGCAAGAUACAAUAGCCUGCAGGACUCAUAUAGCAAACUUCUUCCUCAACUCACUGAGGCAAUGAAACAAAUUGAUGAAAUGAAACUCAAAGAGCUGGACAGAGUGGAUAAAGCUGUGGUGGAACAACUGAAAGCAAAGGUGGAGUUGGCAGAACAAGCCCUUGCUGCAAAGCAGCUCAAGAUAGAUGAAAUGAAGCAGAUAAUUGCUAAGCAAGAGGAGGACCUUGAAACCAUGUCUGUGCUCCGUGCUCAGAUGGAGGUUUAUUGUUCUGAUUUCCAUGCUGAGAGGGCAGCAAGAGAGAAGAUCCACGAGGAGAAGGAGCAGUUGGCUGUCCAGCUGGCAUACCUGCUAAAGGAGCAGCAAAACCUUGAAGAUCUUGGCCGAAGCUCUUUGGCGGAGAUGCAGAAUCGCCAUGGAGCCAGAGUGCCGGAUCGGGAACACUCACCUCGCCUUGUCCAAAGAGGAACUGGUAGUCAAGACUGGCCAGAGCAGCGGAAUAUCUCAAUAUAUUCAUGUCCCAAAUGUGAAGAAAUUUUACCUGAUUUGGACACACUGCAGAUUCACGUUAUGGACUGCAUUAAUUGAGUGCUGCCCUCCAUUUCUUCAUCUUCUGGAAUUUCACCUGCCAAAUACUUUGGAGUUUUUUUCCUUCUUGCUGAAAUAAUGCUCAAUUCCACAUCCUAUGAAGGAGGUUUUCGGGGGUUUUCUCAUUAAUUCAGUGGGAAAACAGUAAAACUCUUCCCCUGCCCUGUAGUCACUAAUCUUGUUGUAAUCUGCUUUAGGGAAAGAAUUUUCAUAGGUUAACAACAUGGAAGUGCUACAGAACUCACAGUGUGUCUGCUGCUAUGAAACCUUUCAGGAACAUUCCCCUGAAGUGCUCUGCUCUAUGGCUGCCCUGCAGAACGGGGCUGAUUCACUGAAGUCAGAAGAGCAAUGGGAUAUUUGCUGAUCAACUCUAAGAACAGUGAGCCUGUUUCUCAUAUAUUAUAUACCAGGAAAGUAAUACAUGAAAAAGCUAUUUGAGAAGCUUUCAGCAAAAUGGAGUAGUGCUGUAUUCAUUGAGCAUUUGAAGUGAACCCUGCUCUUUCUCCAGAUGGCAGUUUUAUUGCUGCCCUUGUGACCAUACUAAUCUGAUGUUAAAUUUUUGAUGGCUUAUGUAACUUCUUGCUUUAGCCAGAUGUGGGUAAGGUUUAAAACAGAUCAUUUAGGUCUGAUACAUGUAGCUCCUGAUGUACUCAAGUCACUUGGUUUUAUAGAACUCUUAAUUUUUAAGGUGUUGUCUUGACUUUUGUUUAUUAUAAUAAAAUAAUUUGAACCUGUACAGUAUUGUGGUAGAAAGCGCUGAGAUGGAUGUAUCCUAAUUUUAAAAAUUAUGAUGGAUUUUCACAUCCCAAAAUAAAUCUAUAACAAUUAUAAAA